AUGGCAGACGAAAAACUUGAGAAUGAAUCGAAAACUGAGGUGGACCUGGAAAAACUGAACGAUCUGUUUGUUUAUGAUGAAUUUGGAAGAAAUAUUCGCUUUUCAGAAAUAUACAAACAUCAGAAAACAAUUAUAGUUUUCACACGGCACUUCCAUUGUUUUGUGUGCAAGGAUUAUAUCGAAGAUUUAGGAAUUAUCCCACCUGGACACCUUCAGGCUGCUGAUGUAGGAAUUGUUGCAAUUGGACCAGCACCAUUCAAGUUCAUAAAGUCAUUUAAAGAAGAGACUGAUUUUAGUUAUCCUUUGUAUACUGACCCAGAUAGGAAAGUCUACCAAGCCCUCAACCUGAAGGAAAAAAUGGUGCAUGGAGAUGGGAAGGAUAAUAAACAUGUCAAGCAGAGCUUGUUUAUGGGGACACUGAAGAGUACUUGGAAUGCUUUGAAGGUCGGGGAGUUUGAGGGUAAUAUAAAACAACAAGGAGGUGCCUUUAUACUGGGGCCAGGAGAUGUUGUGCACUUUGCCCACAUUGAUGCUAAUUCUCUUGAUCACACACCAAUCAAUGACCUCCUUGAGAUUGCAGGAGUUGCUCCAGUCAGCUUCCCGAAGGACAAGCGAGAGUAACUUCUAUGAAGCCUUUAAACUGUGAUAAUUGUGAUACUAAGAACUGUCAAGCAUUCUGUGUAUAUUCUUUGAUAAGCCAGGGGCCAACACGUUGAUUACUUAAUCCAAGAAGGGAAUAACUUUGUACAGGACAAUUAAGUUGUGUUGGUGUAAUUAUAGUUUCACUGAACAGUGAGUAUAUAUGGGUAAGCAUUUCACCAAGCACUGACUUAUUGACAGGUAUAGAUAGUACUGUAUAUCCCAUCAGUGUCCACAUCAGCCAUGACCACUGUAGUGAUAUCAGCAUAGAGCUGCGAAUUAAGAUGUGAACCUUAUAACAACACCAGAGUGUUUCAAAAUGUUCUAUGAUAAAAGGAUCUCUCUGUUUGUGACAAAAUCUGUAAUAAUAAAUGUGAAAACAAAAUAUUGUUUAGGACAAGGAAUAUACAUUGUUUUAAUAGUUAUAAUAUAAAUGUUUACAUGUUAAUCUGGAAAUAGUGUACUUUGC